UGUUACGUGCUCCGGCCCGUGGUCGGGGCCGCGCGGGUUGCUCGCUCCCUUGCUCAGUGAGUGUUGGGGCUCGCGGUCGAUGGAAGCCGGAUACAUUGUUACUCUGGAGUUGUAAUGAAGUUGUGUUGGAAGUUUUUAUCCCGGACAGCCCUGGUGAAUAAGAGCCUGCAACCGAAGCCCGAAAAUGGCUGCAAAUAAGGCGAAGAAAGUUACGAAAAUGGCAACGAAAGCAUGUCCGGAAUGUGACCAACAGAUUCCUGUUGCCUGUAAGUCAUGCCCGUGUGGAUUCAUUUUUAUUAGUAGAAGACUACUGAAUGCUAAACUGUCUGAGAAAUCACCACCACCUAAUUUAGAUUUACAAGCUGAAGGCAGAGAUGAAUUCAAGAUAUUAACAGGAAAAGUUCCGGACAACAAAUCAGCGGCUAAGAGAAGGAGAACAGAAAGGGCACGGCGGGAGAAGGCAAAUUCUCCUCUUGCUAAAGACUUGGAAAACAGGAAACGUUCCAGAUCCGACAGCCAAUCUGAGCAAAUUCGGCGGCGGCGAGGACGACCCAAGACCACCCCUAGCAAGAAACAUGAUGACGAGAAAGAAAGGCAAGAAAAGGAAGUUGAUGUAUAUGCAAGUCUUUCAGAUGAACGAGCCUUUGUAUUUUCAGUGGCAUUGGCAGAAAUAAACAGAAAAAUAAUCAAUCAAAAAUUAAUUCUUUGACAAAGCAUGCUAAAGUGAAAUAUAACCACAACUCAGGACUCAACUCUUGCACAGUUGUUUCACCUGUUUGGAUCUCGUACUGUGACGUUUUCCAGCAUUAUUGUGAAUGCCUAAAUCUAUAGUUAGAUUCUGCUUAAUUGAUAGAUGACCUUUUCUUAAGCAGAACUUUUUGAUGUCUUGGAUAUGGACAGGUGGUGACUUGAAUUUGUACACCAAAGUGGAAGAAAACAAUUUCUUUCCUAAAUCUCAAGAUACUUUGUAAAGAAAUAAUAAUUCCACAUUGAACAAAGGUGUAGAUCCAUGCAUCGAUCAAGAAAUCGGUGAAAAGCUUGUUUCCCCAAUCCAUUUUGUCAACUGAACAAGCCAGGAAAAGGAGCCAAAGAUGUUCCCCUGGUGUAUUUACAUGAACCUAGAAAUGGUUUAUUUCUGAUCCAAAUGCAGAUUUCUUUGUAUUUUACUUUAUUUAUGACAUUGCUUACAGGUAUUAUCUAUUCUGGUCUGUGUAAUUAGUCUAAACACUGCAUAAAAUACUACAAUAAAAAGUGUUAAGUUUCGUAUAUCUUAAUUUGUCCAAUUCCAAUUUUGAUUACAUUUGGUUGUAAUUUUACAUCUUCCAGCAUAAAUUAAAUCCAGGAAUUAUUUACAUAUAAUUAGUUUUUCCAGAUAAUAAAUAGAUUCAUUUAUAUAUAAUGUAAGUGUGUGUGCAACGAUUAACACAUUGGCACAACUCCUGAAGUAAGAAUCUCCAGUUUUGGAUUGAAUUUGUUAAUUAUAUGUUCGAUCAUAUCUCCCUCACAGAGAUGCUUAAGUGCUUAUCCGGUUACCCUCCCACCCAAGAUACAAAUGUAUUUCUGGCAAAAUAUAUAGAUAACGUGGCUUCAUUGCUCUGAUAGAAUGUAACCAGAUGUAUAACAGAUGGUGCCACAUGCUUAAUGAAAUGUUUUAAGCACUGAAUUUACCUGGUCCAUGCAUUAUAUUUAUAGUUGAGUAUAUUAAAUUGUCUCUUUUUUUGAAUUACUGUAAACUUUAAUCAAGUUACAUUUCAAAACUUUUUUUGACAUUCCAACCCAAACUGUCACAGGAGAAGAUUAGUUCUUUGCAAAGUGGAAUAUUUAAGAUUACAAAUACAGUCGUUUGGUAGUCUUGCUGGAGGAAGAACAGAUAUUUUGCCAGGCUUUGUCUUGCACUCAAGACCAUUUACAUGAAUUGACAAAGAAAACAAAAUUAUGCAUUUUUUUAAGAGCAGUAUAGCUCUUGUUAUGCUCAGAACUAAUUAACAAGUAUAAUCCAAUCGUGGAAUCACAAGUCAUGUUUGUCGCUGUGAUGAGUUUGGCGUGGGUUGGUUCAGUGCAGUCAACAUGUUGCCUACCAAAUCUUGAGUAUGCAAAAAAGAAAGUUGAUAACCAAUUUAGGAUUGUCGUUUGGAUUCAAGGUGGCACAUUUAUUUAGAAGCUAUGUGUUGACGUGCAGUUCCUGUUCUCUGCAGAUGUUAGGAACAUGUAUCCAUACCGCACGAUUUCAACUCCACAAACUAAGUGACAAUUAUUUUCUAUUCAUUUCUCUGGGUAAUGCCUUGACCAAUAAGUUAAUUGGCCUGGUUUAACAAUGUAAACCAAACAUGCAGUUAACUGCCAUUAACUGGUGCAUUCUCCAAGACAGCACCUCCACCAGUUGUGCACUUGCCAACCAAACAGCUCGCUCUCCUCAUAUGCGAUGUAAAUGUUUUCACUUCGGUAUUUCUGAAUUGUCUGAAUGCACGAUGCAGGGUUUUGACAAAAUAUUUCAUUUUCAGCAAUGGGACAGAUUUGUUCCUAGAAUUGUUGUGACUGAAUAUGACUUGAUUUUUUUUUUCUGCACCCAUUCAGUGUCCACCUUGGCUCAAUGGUAGGAUUCUUGCCUCUGAAUUAGAGGGCCUGAUCUGAGGUUUAAAGUGGGAACCUGGCCAGCAGGAAAGCAGAUCAGUGCCACCUCUCCAAUUCUUUACUGGCUUCGUGAGGCAUAGACAACUUAAAUCUGAAUCCCAGUCUCUUGUGUCAGCAACCGAUUCAGUGUGGAACAUCAUCAAAAAGCCAAGUUUUAAUUAGUUUGUAUACCUGGGUACUGCAACUGGUUUCUAAUCCUCAAAUAAUUAAAGAAAAUCAAAACUCCAGUUGUUGUGAACUGUUCCAGGCUUAGUUGGACUGAACAUCAAAGUUUUAGGAAGAAAGUUCUUUGGAAAAUAAAUCCCAUGUUCUGCUUUGUUUUACCCACAAUCAAAUUCAAUGUGAAUGACCAUGGAGAAAUGUAAUUGCAUCCAUUUAAUAUAACUGGAGGUUUUAAAAGCCCAUGACAUCAGUCAGAAGAUUAUGUUUAAUUGUACAGAGAGUUAACACUCGGGUAUGCUGUUAAAACUCUACACUUCCAAUUUAGGAGAUUGUGUUCCUUCAAUACAUUUGAUGUAACCAGUGGGCUGAAUUGAUGAUGCCCAAGAUCUAUAAGCUGGUUUUGAAUGUUGUGAUGAAAAUAAUGUUGGAAUCUACUUUUUAAAAACUUAAUUAUCAAAACUCUUGAGUGGCUCUCCUAAUUUACUACAUUCAGAACUGAACUAUCCAGGAACAAAAUGCAUGCUUUUGUAGAUUUGGCAUGAAUGUUCAUUUGUCCUACUGGCUAAUUAUUCCAGGAAAGUGAGUGCAUGGGUCUUUAUUUCCUGAUUUGCUCUGUAGAAAUUAUCCUAUAUAAUCUGAACUACUAGGCUGUUACAGCAUUUGAAAGACUUGUAAUAAAUUAAAUAUUUCUGAUCGUGUUA